AUGUGCGAUGCUCUCGCGGUUGUCGAAGACGCCGACCCGCGCGGAAGGCGAAUCCGAUGUGUUUCCGGGGUCAAGCGGUCCAUCGAGUAUGUGUCAAUCCAGCUCCUGAGCAGCACUGGCGAGCUGGUAGAUGACGAGAGGCCCGCGACACCAGACCCUUACCUGCCUGACGUCAGCAAGCGGCAGUGGGAGGCCAAAGUUGUGGCCUGGCGCAGGGAGAUGUCACAACUGCUUGACGAAGUGCCAAUUGGUGCGACGGAAUUGGCAGCGGCCGAAGAGCUCGGCGUCUGGGUAGAGCCCUCGCCGCCCGCCGUGCGCGGCUGUCGAGCUCUCCUGCAAGAUGGAAACUGCAUACUGCUUGCAUACAGCAUCCUGACGCAAGACUUCGGCGGCUCGACCGACUAUUGUGCGCGAUUUCCCGUUCGUCGAGGCGGGGGGCGCCGCUGCGCCGACGUCGCCGACCACUUCGGCUUUUCUUUGGCCGUCGCGCGCCAGCAGGCUUCGCGGCAGGGUGCAUGCCCACUCGUGCCCGGAAAGUAUUUCUGUCAUAUGCGGAGGCAUUGCUGCGCUGCGGCAGUCCUUUCAGGGACAGAUUCGGUUGUCGUGUGGAGAGGUUUCAGCAGGCACGUUCUGCCGACGGCGCAGUGGGUGCGCCGCGUCGAGGAAGUCGAGGGCGCGCUGUUGCACAUAACUUACAGCGGGCGUUACGUCAAGUGGGAGCCGCCGCGGCGCGAAGCUGGAUUGGCCGCGAGCGUGGGCCACUUCGCGGCCGUCAUCCUGCGGCCCGGCAGCGCCACUGUGAUAGACCGCCGAGCAGGUCUGCCAGCGGUUCGCGAGUGGUUGGCGUGGGGCGACAUUCCGGACGUCGAGGUGCCCCAAGUCCCGUGCGAUUUCUCCAUCGAGCUGCCGCGUCUUCCGAAGAUCCGCUUGCUCGAGCGACUCAACGCUCACCCUCGGGAUUCCCAGUUGCACUUCGUCGAAGAGUCGCACGCCUAUUACAUUAGCGGCGCGCGAACGCAUGGGUCGGUCACGGGAUUGAUACAUGAGUACUGCAGUGUUUUCGACGCUGGCGCUGUGAUUGGGAAGAUGCGGAGCGGGCGGAACUGGCCGCGACCUGAUUAUUUGCGCCACCCUCGCCCGGAAGACGUGGUCGCGGAGCUGCGGGCCACGGCGGAGGCUGCUCGCUUGCACGAGUUACUUGUUUCGCACGGAGCUUGCGACGCCGAGAUCUGCGCCGAGAUGAAGACAACUGCGAGAGCGGCCCCCCACUUGGCAAACCAACUGGAAAGUCUAUCUCUCUCGGAUCACGAGAUCGUUGAGAAAUGGCGCCUGAACAAAGAAGAGGCGGCUAGGCGGGGCACCUGGAUGCACUGGACGUUCGAGGCCCACCUCAACCGCGUUCCGGUGCCCCGCGAUGCCGUCGAGUUCCAGUUGUUCUUGAAAUUCUUGGGCGCGCUGAAAGGUCUGGCGGCUUUCCGCACCGAGUGGGCCAUCUUCGCCGAGCACGAGGGGCUCGCUGGGUCAAUCGACUUCGUGGCUCGAGACUCCGCGGGCAGCCUGUACAUAUACGAUUGGAAGCGGGCGAAGAAUUUACGUUCGAAGUUCACGAACCCAUGGGGGAAUAUGAAGUUUCCAUUAAGCCGAUUGUCAGACUGCCAGGGAAAUCAUUACCGGGUGCAGCUUAACAUCUACAGGUGGAUGUUGGAACAUUACUACGGCGCCCGCGUGGCCGCGAUGUAUGUGGUCUGCCUUCAUCCGGACAACGGCGACCAGCCAUUUGUGGACGACGUGCCGGUGAUCCCAGAGAUCGAGGAGCUCAUGGCCAUUCAACGCACGAGGUCCCGAGAGUUGCGGGCAAUGGCGUCGGAAGACGUCCGUGAGAUAGACCCUCUGGGCGGCUGGCCGCGGCCAGUCGUGGCGGCGCGCAUGCCUUAUUGCCUGAGCACCGCGGCCAAUUUCGAUCGCGCCUUUCGCCAGAUGUCAGUGGACGAGCAGGACGGUGCCAGGCUCGCGCAGGCGCCGGCUAGGAAACGGAUCAGAGGCAAGAGAACGGCGGACGACGUCGGCGAGGGCUGGGUGUGCCUCGCGGCCGAGCAGCGCGAGCCCCACGAGCUCGCGGACGCGGGCUCGGCGGAUGCACCUGAAUCUCCGAGCGGCGAUGAGGGCGAGACAGCAGUGCGGACAGAGUUGUUCGAGUGCCUGGAGAAGGAAGUCAAGAGUUACGCUGCGGGAGUGACGCUCCUGCGCCCCAAGCGGGACAGCGAGGGCGUGAAGUUGAAGUUUGCGUGCGGUCUUUGCCCGUUCCGAUCGUUCUCGACGCAGACGCUCUUGGCCACGCACGUCUCCAAGUACCACCUCAGAAAGACGCGCUUCGUGGCCUCUGGCACGAAGCAAUUCAAUGUCGUGUGCGCGUUGUUCGACAACGACCGGCUUCUGCGAACUCCAGCAGGGAACCUGCUGAAGCGGUCUGCCACGAUCCUGCGCGAGACAAUAUCUCCUGCUGUUCAUCGCGGACAGAACGCCAUUGACAAGGACAUUGUGCUGGUCCUCGACGACGACGGGCCGUCGUACCAGAACAAGGCAGCAGUCGGGCAGAAUCUCGCGUGCAGACGAGUGGGGUACACAUGCUAUACCCGUGGCUUCGCCGAUAUCCUAUUGCAGGAGUCCUUGCGCCACCAUGGGCGCGUGCGCCCGGCGAUGCUGCGGACGUGCGCUCGCGUCGUAGAGCAGGGCUCCGAGUUGAGCAGCAUGCUGCCGACAGAUGUCGCUCAUUGGCUAAAGCUUAUGGAAGACGUGUUCAACAGCGCGCACGUAGGGAGGCGCAGCGCGGCGUUGAUGGAAGAAUGCCACCGGCAUGAGGAAUUCCUCCACGUCUCCAUGGACGCCACCAUCCGCAUUCUGCGCAGGGUCAAGGGCCAGGCAGAUUAUCGGUCCGCACAAACAGUUCGCGACGCUGCGCCUGUGCCGGACGUGGACGCCAAGCGCCGCGUCCUAACUCUCGCGGGCCGGACGGGCGCGGCGCUCGGAGUUUUCCUGACGAAGGAGACGCACUGGCGAAAAAAGACAGUGGGAUCACGACUGUUGCGGAUACUGAUGGCCAAGUUCACGAAGGUGGAUUGCACGCUACCCGCGCACUACUGGGGAGCGCCGUUCGACGGGACGAACGCCCCGACUCUGCGACCGAUAGAGGAGCGCGCGCGAGCACAGAUACUCGAUCAUUCACUGGCGAAGUCGCGAGCUCAAUAUGUGAUCGACCACGUGAACGCCGAGCUGCCAUGGAAAACAACGCAUGAGUUCAUCGAAGCAAUCGCCGCGCUAAGCGCGCUGGUUCCUGAAGAGCUUGCUCGCCGCACCCACGUGAAUAACGUUCAACUGAAGAGGUUGCUUUACAAUGCGACUGCCCCAGCCCGCAUGCAAUGGUUCUUCAAUAAUCAGCGAUUCAGGCAUUCCUUGCCGGCGGCGCGCUUGGCUCUGUUGGGGUCUGGCACGUCCGUCAACGAAUCUUUCAACCACGAGAUCAACACGUGGUUUCGCAAUCAGGGAGACAUCUACGCGUCGACGGCGGAACUUCAACUUAGGUUUGGGUUCUUGGGCAAGCUGCAAGCCCACAAUUGCGCGCUGCAUUCGCCGACGCUGCGGCAGCUGCGACAGGCCAACGUGCUAUCGCGAAGCAUUAUGGCAUGGGCUUUUCCCCGGGAUGACUGGAAGAGUUACUGCGCGCUUCAGGCGCAGGGCGGUACCGACGUCCUGGCGCCAGCGCGGCUUCCGCUGCACGAAGCCCGGCAGAAAGUCGCGCGCAAAAUUGCCGAACACGCUGCGCGCGUUCGGGGGAAGCCAGCGGCUCGCGACGCCGCGCCUGCCGGGCGGCGCGGCGCUCAGAAGAAGCCCGCUGCUAAGGCGCUCUUGGACAGUCUGCGCGAUCGCAAAGAGCCCAGGAUCAAGAGAACAGCUUUCACUUUGAAGCGCAAACCCGCGUCGCGCGGCGCUUCUGGCCAGGCUCCCACCGCGCGCGCUCGCCAGCGGUGA